AAUGGGGAGAGAUUAUGAUUCAGGUCUUGAGGAUCACAGAGAACUACAGUAUGAGAACAUUCACAGUCUGGGCGUGAUAGAACAAUCAUGCCCUCUACUGGCCAGACCUGAUAUCUGGUGAUUGAGUUCACCAAAGAACCAGGAAGUCACAGAUGGAAAUCAAGCCACUCCUUCUCUGAACAAAUAGUUCCAGGAAAACAAAACUAAAAUCUAGUUCAUUUGCCCUGUUUGCAUGUGUGUGAAAAAUGGCAGAGGCAUUGGACUCAAUCAUUUGUUCAAUCUGUUUAUAUCUACUGAAGGAUCCAGUUACUAUUCCCUGUGGACACAGUUACUGUAUGAGCUGUAUUAAAGCCUGUUUGGAUCAAGAAGAUAUCAAGGGAAUCUACAGCUGCCCCCAGUGCAGACAGACCUUCAUACCAAGACCUGUUCUAAACAGGAACACCAUCCUGGCUGAAUUGGUGGAGAAUCUGAAGAAGACAAGACUCCAAGCUUCUCCUCCUGAUCAUUAUUAUGCUGGACCCGGAGAUGUGGAGUGUGAUUCCUGCACUGGGAGAAAACGCAAAGCUGUCAAGUCCUGUCUGGUGUGUCUGGCCUCUUACUGUGAGACUCACCUUGAGCCUCACUAUGAAUCUCCUUCCUUUAAAAAGCACAAGUUGGUCCAAGCCUCCAAACAACUGCAGGAGAAGAUCUGUUCUCAUCAUGACAAACUACUGGAGGUGUACUGUCGUACUGAUCAGCAGUGUAUCUGUUAUCAAUGUACAAUGGAAGAACAUAAAGGUCAUAAUACAGUCACAGCUUCAUUAGAAAGGACUGAGAAACAGAAACAAUAUCGGGAGAAAUGUCUGAAAUCCCUGAGAAAGAUCCAGGAAAGAGAGAAGAAGAUUCAGGAGCUGAGACAGGCUAUGGACUCUCUCAAACACUCUGCACAGGCAGCAGUGGAGGACAGUGAGAGGAUCUUUACUGAGCUGAUCUGCUACAUUGAGAAAAGACGCUCUGAGUUGAAGGAGCUGAUCAGAGCUCAGGAGAAGGCUGAAGUGAGUCGGGCUGAAGGACUCUUGGAACAACUGAAGCAGGAGGUCUCUGAGCUGAGGAUGAGAGAUGUUGUGUUGAAGCAGCUCUCACAGACUGAGGAUCACAUACAUUUUCUCCAGAGUUUCCAGUCUCUCUGUGUCUCAUCUGGAUCUGAGGUCUUACCCAGCAUCACUGUCAAUCCACACAUGUUCUUUGAGAAUGUAAAGAAAUUAGUGUCUGAACUGACAGAUCAACUACAAGAUUUAUGCAAGAAGGAAAUGGACAAGAUAUCUGGGAAAGACUCCUGCCAGCUGACAUUGGACCCCAAUACAGCAUAUCAGUUCCUGUGUCUGUCUGAGGGGAACAAAAAGGUGACAUGGAGUGAUGAGGUCACUUCCUAUCAUGUCCAUCCAGACAGAUUUACUUCCUGCAAACAGGUGUUGAGUAGAGAGGGUCUGUCUGAAACCUUUUACUGGGAGGUAGAGUGGAGUGGGAACAGUGUUGGUGUAGCUGUCUCAUAUAAAGGGAUUAGCAGGAAAGGAAGUGGCAAUAAGUGUUGGUUUGGUGGUAAUAAUCAGUCUUGGAUGUUAUACUGUUCUAAAUAUAGAUGUUGUUUCUACCACAAUAAUAACAGGACUGAUAUCCCUGUUCCCUGCUCCUCCAGAGUAGGAGUGUAUCUGGACCACAGGGCAGGGACUCUGUUCUUCUACAGUGUCUCUGAAACAAUGACCCUCCUCCACAGAGUCCAAACCACAUUCACUAAGCCACUCUAUCCUGGGUUCUAUGUUUAUAGUGGAACAUCUGUAAAGAUACUGACACCUAUUAAGUGACAUCUAUCAGUCUGCCUGUAUGAAUGUUUUGAUAGCUUUACAAGGAGGCCUUGUUGACAUGAUUUAUUGACUGUGGUUAUAGAGUGAUUUGAGAUGACCGAUAUCAUAAAAUAUAGCAUGAUAUAGUUGUCAAUUUGCCAUGUCAUGAGGUGUCAAUCAAACCAAUUGGAACAGAUUGUGCAUAAAUUAAUAUGAACACUCAAUGAGACAUUCUUACACUAAAAUGGUGGAGAGAGUUGACUGACAGGUGAAUGGGACCAGUCAUCAUUGUCAUUUUAAACACUGCAUGCAUUGAUUUUUAAAUAAAAGGCCCAUUGUCUGCCUAUGUUUCUGUAUUUGUCUUAAACUGGGACCUAAUUUGGUCCAUGUGUGUGUCCUCUCUUGUAAUUCAUCAAUGUCUGCUGUUUGGGGAAAUUAUUACUUGCAUUUCUUAUUGAAUUUGCAGCACGAAAGCACGAG